AUGCAGAGCUACGCCAACGGCGAUGGCAGCCAGCAGCGAGAUUAUGGCUCCUAUGCGCCAUCGCAACAGCAUCUCCAGGCGGGUCCGGCUCCUCGCACGAAUGGCAUGCAAUCCAGCGGGGGCAUACCUGUACCCGCAACCUCAUCAUCAGACAGCGCCUACAUGCAGCAGGGCACCUCGUCGCAGACGAAUGGCAAUGGCAACAGCAAAGCACAGCAAAACGCGAUGAAGAGGAAGGGCAAAGACCCCGACAAACCAGCCGCCAAGCGCAGUCGGAUUGCCUGUGUAGAAUGUCGCAAGAACAAACAACGAUGCGAUGGACUCGACAGGAUACCUUGUCGCCGCUGCGAGUCAUAUAAUCUCGUCUGUACUUUCGACGAGGCUGCCAUCGACAAGGUCAAAGGAAGCAUGCGAGCAAGCGGCGAGCAGCUGUCGCCUGAGCUGCCGCCCCUCGUGACCACUGCCUCGCAAGCGCCAUCGGGCAACUGCUCGAAUCCCACGGAACUAUCUAGCCGUCUGUCGCGCAUCGAAGGCAUACUCGCUAACCUAUCAGACCGGCUCAUCUCCCAUCACGAACAUUCAUACGAGCAUGCCGUUCCCAAAGGCGCAGACUAUAGCGAAGAAGAGAGUGAGUCUCGUUCGCCGCUUACGCGUGCAAGCUCGGCGACGCACGACGCGGCACGAUCGAGGCUCAAACGCUACUAUCCGCUUCUAUCAGAGACGCAAGAGGACUAUAGGGCUACCAUCUUGGGGGCUUCGCCUAUCGAAACAUUCAGGAAUGCGCUCGACAAGAGUAAUCAGGCGGCCGGUCUUGUCACCCCGUCUAAUGCCGCCAUGCGAGCUCGCUCGUCAUCGAUCUCCUACUCUUAUGGCAUGCCGUCAGAUGUCAUCCUGCGCAAGAUCGUGUCGCCUGCCGAGGCGCAAUCACUCUUCGACUUUUUCUUUGCUCAGUGUCAUCCAUGGGCGCCUUUCCUCGAUCCCGUAUCGGACAGAACGUACACUGACGUCCGAGAUCGCAAUUCGCUACUCUUUCAUGCGAUUCUGGCCACCUCUGCGUUCUACUCGCUCUCGGUCAAUGAUCCUGCACAGACGGCAAAGUACGUCGGCAUCGUCGCCAUGCUGAAUGAGAAUCUGGGCCCAAUCGUCAUCACGCCAAGGCCACAAGAUCUCAACGUCGACUUCAUUUCCGCGCUUCUCGUGAUCAUCCUCUGGAAGCCGAUCAGACUUGACGGCUUGUCGGAGGCAGAGCUCAGUAUAGCUCAAAGUCGAGGCAAGAUUGAGGUCUCGAGCCAGUCGAUGAUCAUGUCGCUCUGUAUACGCACUGCCAAGCUCAUCAAACUCGAUACCGUCCUCGCACUCUUGCCGUCAGUCGGGCAUGAGAACAAAGCGUCGCCAUCUUCAUCGUCGUCAGAACAGUGGUCAACGACGCCACAGAUCAUCGCUGCCUGCCGCGCCUACUUUAUGCUUCUCAUCAUUGAUCACCAUCGUGCUUCCAUGACCGAUCGCACGCCCUCAUUCGAUGUCAGUGAAGCCCUAAGACACACACGCCUCUUUGCAGCAGGCACUCGCAAUAGCAGUGACGUUCGUCUGGCAGCCUUUGUUGAGCUCUACGCACACAGUCGUACUCCGCCGUCCAAUGCGAGAGGCAAUUUCGAUGCGCUCUCCUACCACGCGAGAGAAACAGAAGUAGCCAAAUGGUCUCAGUUCUGGAUGCCCCUCCACCGCCGCACGUUUGAGCGACCUGAAGAAGAAGAACGCGGGCUUGCGUCUCUGAACGCCCAUCGUCUCUGGAUCAGAAUCAGUAAUUUUGUAUACUACUCGAUCAUCAAUCUGAGCUCGAUCAUGGAGCAGAGCGAGACAACAAUGACGCAUACUUGCGCGCUUCUUCACGCGGACGACAAGUCGGCUCUGGCAGCUGCAGUCGGUGCAGCCGAAGAGCUCAUCUUCAUGCUCAGUGUCGAGGGUCGCGCUUGUCGACUCGAAGGCGCUAGCGUCGAUUGGACGCGCGUCUACCCUCGAGCCGAUCUCGUUGCGGAUCCUCAGGCAGCUGACCUAUUCAAGACAUCUAUCGAUACACUUAUAUGCCUCGUCAUCAGCUAUCCUGCGAUCUUCCUGACGAAGCUUCGCGUCAAAGGUCUCAUCAAUUGCAAUCUCGAUACCGAUCCCGAAUAUAACACACCUUCGGUUGUGACGAGGAGCAAGUUGCAUCGCUUGCUUCUGCUCACAGUCGACUUUCUCGAGCUGGCUAGCCCGAACGCUCAGCACAUUGCCAAGCAAAGUGCCAAUGCGCUACGCAAUGUCGCAGAAACUGCGCUCAAGCUGCCCGGUGUCACGCUCCCACCCGGUGACAGCAGCAAGUAUCCGACAGAGAACGGCCGAAGCAGUACGACAGAGCAGCAGGCAACGCCGCAAUACACACCCGCACCUCUGUCAUCCGUCCUGGACGAAUCGAUGGUACCACCCAAUGAGCUCGAGCUCGAAGCUCUUCUUUCGACUGCUUCUGCUUCGUUAGGCCUGUACGGCACAGACUUUAUGUGGGCCACUGAGGGUUCAGAUCUACAGUAUUAA